AUGCAAUGUUCCACCUCACUCAGCGAAGCACUGAACUCAACAACAUUUCAGUUCCUCGUGGGUUCGGAGCGGAAGGCAUUCAAUGUCCAUUCAAUGCUGGUUGUCCAACUCUCCCCCGUCUUUGCCGCCCUGAUCAACGGGAAAAUGGUCGAGAGUAUCGAACGACGGGCCGUGCUGGAUGAUAUCGACCAAGAGACCUUUUUGCGCUUUUGCGAGUAUGCCUACAAAGGGGAUUUCUCGGUCCCUCCCCCUACGACUGUGGUCCGACAGAAGCUCUCGUCGUCAAUGCCAUUGGAGACGAUCAACGACAAGUUCACUCCAGACCAUCAGGAACACCUCUCUACUGGUGCACAAGUCGGAAAAGAGGACGGCAGCGGCGAAGGAGACGAAGGGCUAAUAACGCUGGCGAAAGACCUUCGGCCACCGGUCCACCAUAACCACUGCAAACCAGCGUGGAAGCAACGGAUUUAUCGACCCGUUUCGUGGCUGAGAGGGGCUAGAGUGCAUCGUGAUUCUGGACUCCAUGCGACAGACCCCCAGAUCAAUAUUCCCGUCACCUCCAAUAUCCCAGAGCCAGGCUCAAAGCUGGCCAUGGACUGGGCCAGGUUCUGCAGCGUCGCCUCAGACUGGAAAGGCCCAAUCUUCCACCCAUACAGGAAUUGCCCCCCCUCGGAAAGUCUGACGGAGACCCUCCUGUCCCAGGCAAGACUGUACGUCUUCGCCGACCGGUACGUCGUUGAAUCCCUGAAGGCGCUGGUCUUGUACAAGAUGCGCCGCACCUUGGCCUCGCUCAAACUGUUUUUCGAGCGGGUUCCAGAAGUUUUCGGACUCGUUCAGUACGUCUACGAAAACACCAGAGAAGGCGACGACCUCAGGUUGUUACUGACGCAAUUUGCCGCCUGCGUCAUCCCGGUGCUUCUGCAGCACCCCGACUGGGACCGCUUUAUUCGUGAGCAGCGCACCUUUACCUGGGAUUUGUUGCAACAUUUGAGGGAGAGUGUGGAGGCAGUUGACUGCCAGGAAAGGGGCCUCAUUACAUAA